ACAGCCGGCCACCCAGCAGCCGUCGUCUCCUUUUAUUGACUUGACCAUCUCUUUUCCACCCUCCUGUUUCUUCAUACUAUUCUCUGACUUUUUAUUAAUUAAAAUAUUUAAUGGAUCUACUAGAUCUAUACCAUGCUCAUGAUUUGCAACUUGCAUCUGAAGGAAAUUUUGAGGAAGUGCAUUUUACGAAAAGAGCAGAAGAAGAUGGAAAUUCAAGUCCUGAGAGUAAAGGAAAAAUAAAAAAGACGAGAAUUGUACCAUGGGAACCAUAUAAGGCGGCUGUCGCACAUGAUAAGCAAGGUUCCACGUGUCCAGAGAAUCUUCCCGAACUGAUAGCAUAUGCAAUGAAUUCAAAAUCAGAACAGAAUAAUAAUAUACAAUUACGAAAGGAAUUGAGAGACGAGAGAAAAGAUAGAAAAAGCAUGGAACCGGUGACUUCGUCCGAACGAGAAGCUGAGUUGGAACGAGAAUUGGAUCUUCUAAGAAAAGAGUUAAAUAUUGAACAAAAAAUGAAUUCGGAGCUUAAAAGAUUAAUGAUUGCCACGUUGAGUGAUGAACUUCAGGGGCAGGUUGAAGCAUUGACAGAAGAUAAAGUACGAUUGGCUCAUCGAGUUGAUGAAUAUAUGGGAAAGCUAAUGGUUGAAGAUGAAGAAUCAGAUAGACUACGAAUUGAUCGAGAUGUUUGGAAAUGUAAAUUUUUAGCUCAAUCGAUACGAUGUGAUGAGCUAACUUCAAAGAAUGAGUAUCUAUUGAAGACAUUGGUAGGCAUUCAACAAGCUGUAAAAACUAAGAAUGUAACUUCGGACGAAAUCAGUGAUUUUACCCAACUCGACCUUCAACCACUUUUUCACCGUUCUCCUUGUGAAGAAAGAGUUCGUCCAAUUACUGCUAAGUAUACAAACCUAACAAUCGCCUGCUGCAAAAACUGUAUGGGUCGAGAUAUUCAACUUCUUUAAUUACUUUGUAAACUUCUUUUGUAUUUUUCCUUCAAUGGUUGUGUGUAUUUUCAUUUUUAUUCCAAUUUCCGAAAAUGGGUAUAUAUGUUCCAAUUGUGAUGAAGAAACAGAUUUCAAUUUCCUCAUAA